CGGCGCCGCCCGCCACGCACCAGAGCGCCUGCGCAGAGAACGCCACGCGCCGGCCGGGAGGCGGCCGUGAACCCUCGCGCGUGCGCGCGCCAAGCCCUCCCCUUGGGAAAGGAGCAACGGUCGCCCCUUCCCCCGUGCGCGUGCGCGAUCGCCCGGUUGAUGGGGGAGGACGGGACGAACUGGGGGCAGGGGAUGGGUCCUGGGCCUCUGUCUGCCCUGCGGUGCUCUGGUGGGGAGAGGGGCGGGAUGAGCAUUGAUUUAUCACCGCCUGUGUAUUCGGCCUGCUCCUGGGGUCCACACUAGAGAAUUGCCUUCCCUUCUUGAGGGGAGGGGGGGUUGGGACCUCCCUAUACCUCUUCUCAAGCAUGAUCGAGGGAGCCCUUGACCCUUUGGACUUCUCUUGUAUCCACCCUCUCCCUCCGCCCCCUUCACCUGUGCCCGAACUGUGGGUGGAGGCCCCCCUUGUCUGCUCCAGACCCCCCUAGCCAAGGCUGAGCCUCCCGCCCUCCACUACUUAGCUGAUGCCCACACACGGGUGCGGAGGAGGAGAUAGGGUUGUGCUGGGCACUUGCCUGGAGAUGGGGCUGGGGUUACCAUAGUUGUCCCCAUUUUGCAGUGCAGGAAACUGAGGCAGACAGGUCACCACUAGGAGGUACCUGAGGCUGGAUUUGAACUCCAGGUUUUCACCUCCUGAAAAGUCCAGGCUUUGACCUUGCCAGUGUCUCAAGCCCUUGAAUGAAUCUCAUCCCAAUCGUAGCUAAAUUCCCCCCUAUUCAUCCCCUCUACUUGUUCAUUCCCAUUGGGAUUCCCCCUCUGCCACCCUCCCCAAAGGGCCUGCUGCCCCUUGCUGGCCCUGGCCUUGUUCUCUGUGAAGUUUGGGGGUCUUUUAUAUUGUUCAGCACGAUGGACUGCUCUCUUCCAGAUACUCUCUGCUCUCUUUGGCCUGUCCUCCUGGCCUCUCUCCACUCUCCCUCUUGGCCACCUUACCCGUUCCGGUGGGGUAACCACCUCCCCAGAUCCAUCUACUGGACAGCAGUUCCACAUCUCCCUGUCCUUGGUUGUCCUGUGAGCUCUCGGCUCAAGCACAACAGAAACAAAUUAUCUCUCUGUUCCCAACUUGUCUGCUUUUCUGGUUUGCUUGCUUUCACCCUGACCUUCUGUUUUAGCAUCGAUACUGAGUAUCACUUACAAGGCAGAAGAAUGGUAAAGGCUAGGUGGUUGGCAUUAAGUGACUUGCCCAGGGUUACACAGCUAGGAAGAAGUGUCUGAAGCCAGAUUGGAACCCAGGGAGAUGAGCCUUCCUGACUUCAGGCCUGUCACUUUAUGUCCGGCACCAUCUCUUGUUUGGACAGCUCUAAAAGCCUGCAAACUGAUGUCCCUACUGCUGGGGAGCCCAGUGGGUGAGGCACUGAACUUAUAGUCAGGAAGUCCUGAGUUCAAAUCACACUUCAUUUAACUACUCUCUUCAACGCUCAGUUUCCUUUCCUGUAAAAGGGCUUUGCAACCUGAAACACUAAACGUACAUGCUAGCUAUUAUCGUCCUUCAGAUAGCUAAGUUAUUCCUUUCAUUUGGGAAAUAAGUAGGGUCCAGCUAUGGAGCUCAGAAGCCUUCAGUAGCUCCCUGUUUUCUGGAGGAAAGAAUAGACAUUGCUCAGUCGGCCGCUUAUCAAAGGUCCUUGGUAGCCUUCUUUCCCCACGUUUUCUCAGGGCCCCAUCGGUUUCACCUGCCCUCCUGCUCCCAUCUCCCCUGCCGGUCCUCCUCCCCCUUCAGGGCUGCUCAGCUGCCUCCUCCUCUGAGGGUCCUCCCUCUCCUUAGUCAGCCUCUCCCUACCCACCCCUCGCUGCAAGGUGUAAUCCUCGGAGUGUUUUUUCUGUUAAAAUAGAAACUCAUUGAGGGCAGGAAUUUCAUCUCAAUUCAUCAGGGCCAAGUGCAGAGACUUGGAAAUAGAGCUCCUGUGGGAAGGCUCGAGUCAGGGAAAAGAUGGGGGGAAUCGAGUGGGGAGAGAGUGAGGGGACUACACUGUAAAGGAGGCCUUGGAGCAUGGCAGGAGGCGCCGAGAAGUGCAGUGUAAGGAUGGAAUCGGGAGUGCUGGAGCAAUGGCCAUGUGAAGAAGUCAUUGGAAGGGGCAGCCAGGUGGCUCAGUGGAUAGAGAGCCAGGCCUGGAGUUAGGGGGUCCACCAUUCCCAUCUGGCCUCAGUCAUUUCCUAGCCGGGUGACCCUGGGCAAGUCACUUCACCCCCAUUGCCCAGCCCUUCCGGCUCUUCUGCCUUGGAACUGAUACACAGUAUUGAUUCUAAGACCGAAGGUGAGGGGCCCGGCCGCCAUGACAGAGGAGUCAGAGGAGACGGUCCUGUACAUCGAGCAUCGCUAUGUGUGCUCCGAGUGUAACCAGCUCUUCAGCUCCCUGGAGGACGUGCUCCUGCACCAGAACUCGCACCUGCCCCAGCAGCACUUUGAGGUGGUGGGCGUCGUGGACCCCGGGGUCUCGGUGGCCGGCGAGGCUGCGAGCAGCUCCGGCCUGUACCAGACCCUGGUGCAGGAGAGCCAGUACCAGUGCCUGGAGUGCGGGCAGCUCCUGCUGUCCCCCGGGCAGCUCCUCGAGCACCAGGAGAUGCACCUCAAGCUGCUGAGCACGCAGGAGCCGGCGCCCGCCGAGGCGCCCCCGGCCAAGCCGCCCCCCGCCAUCAGCGCCAGCACCAUCCACUACGAGUGCGUGGACUGCAAGGCCCUCUUCGCCAGGCAGGAGCUGUGGCUGAGCCACCGCCAGACACACCUCCGGGCCGUGGCCGCCGUGGCUGCCUCCCCCCCCCAGCCCUCUCCCCCUCCGGCCGCGGGGCCCCAGCCCGGCCAAGCCCAGGUGGCCCUGGAGCACUCCUACCGAAAGGCCGAGGAGGCCACCGGAGAGGCGAGCGGCUCCACAGGGGCGGCGGCGGCGGCGGCGGCGGCAGGAGAGGUGGUGGCCGAGGUGGAGCUGCUCCUGUACAAGUGCUCCGAGUGCUCCCAGCUCUUCCACCUGCCCGGGGACUUCCUGGAGCACCAGGCCACCCACUUCGGCCCGGCGGCCGCCGGCCCAGACACCUCCGGGGCCCCCGACCUGCCCCCUGCCUCCGACCACAGCUACGAGCUCCGCAAUGGGGAGGGCGGCGGGGCCGGCCGGGAGCGCCGGGGGGGCCGCAAGCCGACAAGGAGAGCCAGCGGCGACCCCCCUGGUGGGGCCUCCCCCGAGCUCUUCUGCCCCACCUGCGACCAGCUCUUCCUGUCGCCCCACCAGCUGCAGCAGCACCUGCGCAGCCACCGGGAGGGGCUCUUCAAGUGCCCCCUGUGCAGCCGGGCCUUCCCCAGCCCCCCCAGCCUAGACCAGCAUCUGGGCGAGCACAGCGGGGAGUCCCACUUCCUCUGCGUGGACUGCGGCCUGGCCUUCAGCACCGAGGCCCUCCUCCUGGCGCACCGGCGCACCCACACCCCCAACCCACUGCACGCCUGCCCCUGCGGCAAGACCUUCGUCAACCUCACCAAGUUCCUCUACCACCGGCGCACGCACGGUGCGGGGGGCGUCCCCCUCCCCUCCCCGGCCCCCGCCGCACCCCCCGAGGAGGAGCCCACUCCCCCGCCCGUGGAGGCCGGAGCGGCCCCCGGGCCCCAGGCCACCCCCCCUGCUGGUUCCAGCCCCUACCGCUGCCUCCUGUGCAGCCGGGAAUUCAGCAAAGCUCUGCAGCUGGCGCGCCACCAGCGCUUCGUGCACCGGCUGGAGCGGCGCCACAAGUGCGGCGUGUGUGGCAAGAUGUUCAAGAAGAAGUCGCACGUGCGCAACCACCUGCGCACCCACACGGGCGAGCGGCCCUUUCCCUGCCCGGACUGUGCCAAGCCCUUCAACUCGCCCGCCAACCUGGCACGGCACCGGCUCACGCACACGGGUGAGCGCCCCUACCGCUGCGGCGACUGCGGCAAGGCCUUCACCCAGAGCUCCACGCUGCGCCAGCACCGCCUGGUGCAUGCCCAGCACUUCCCCUACCGCUGCCAGGAGUGCGGGGUGCGCUUCCACCGCCCCUACCGCCUGCUCAUGCACCGCUACCACCACACGGGCGAGUACCCUUACAAGUGCCGGGACUGCCCGCGCUCCUUCCUGCUGCGGCGCCUUUUGGAGGUGCACCAGCUGGUGGCCCACGCCGGGCGCCAGCCCCACCGCUGCACGGCCUGCGGCGCCGCCUUCCCCUCUUCCCUACGCCUCCACGAGCACCGCUGCGCCGCCGCCCAGGCCCAGGCCCCCCAGAGGUUCGAGUGCUCCACCUGCGGCAAGAAGGUGGGCUCUGCGGCCCGGCUCCAGGCCCAUGAGGCCGCCCACGCCGCCGCCGGCCCUGGGGAGGUCCUGGCCAAGGAGGCCGCUGCGCCCCGGCCCGCCCGGGCUGUGCGCCCGCCCCCUCCUGCUGCCACGCCAGUCGCCACGGCUCCCACGGCCCCCACCCGGCGCCGGGGGCUCGAGUGUAGUGAGUGCAAGAAGCUCUUCAGCACAGAGACCUCCCUGCAGGUGCACCGGCGGAUCCACACUGGCGAGCGGCCCUACCCCUGCCCGGACUGUGGCAAGGCCUUCCGCCAGAGCACCCACCUCAAGGACCACCGGCGCCUGCACACUGGCGAGCGGCCCUUUGCCUGUGAGGUGUGUGGGAAGGCCUUCACCAUCGCCAUGCGCCUGGCCGAGCACCGCCGCAUCCACACCGGCGAGAGGCCCUAUGCCUGCCCGGACUGCGGCAAGAGCUACCGCUCCUUCUCCAACCUGUGGAAGCACCGCAAGACCCACCAGCAGCAGCACCAGGCCGCCGUCCGCCAGCAGCUGGCCGAGGCCGCCGCUGAGGCUGCCGCCACCCUCACGGUGGUGGAGACGGCCGUGGAGGGUCUGCCCCUGGUCGAGACAAUCGAGAUCUACCCCCUGGCGGAGGGUGAUGGGGUGCAGAUCAGCGGGUGACGCCGGCACCCCCCUUGGACUCAAAGGGACGGCGUCACUCUCCCCGCCAGCCCGGGCCGCGACCACCCGGGGUCCUUGAACUCUGUCUGGGCAGGAGCCCCCCUGCCCCGUGUACAUACACCUGCCCCCUCCUCUCCUCGUCUUCGGUAUUAGUUCCAUAACUGAAUUUGUCAUCAGGUUAAGUCCUCCUUGUCCUGGGGCCCCGCCAUUCCCAUUUGUCUCCUGCGUCCACAAGCAGUUCCCAACCCUGGGCCGAGGCAGCCAAUAAAGACUGAGUUGGACAUAUGUGGGUGUUUUCUGUGGGGCAGCGGGGCCCAGGGCCUUUGGGGUGCAGCCAAGGGGCCCCCAUUUGACUGGGCUCCCCCCCGAUCUCCCUCUAGUCAGAGAGGAAGGCCCUUGGUGCCUGUGGCUUGGAUCUCCUGGAGAAGCAGGGUAGAUGUUAGCCACUAGAGGUCCCCCCGGGGCCUCCAACAGCCCCUGAUGAGGCAGAGAGGAAGUGCAAAGAGCCCAGUCACCUAUGUACAUCCCGGGAAACAUUACCUGUCCCUAGGGCAACUCAGGGACUCCCCUUUAUGCAUUGGAGUGGCUGGAUGCCUGGGGAUCACAAACGAACCUUCUCGAAUGGCAGCCUCUCCAUUUCCCUCUGUGCUGCUUCCUGUGCCUGGAGCCAGUUCAGGUCUAACUCAAUCCUGUGGGGCCUUCAUCCGCCCCCCCCUCCCCCCGCCCCCAGCCAGCUUUUUAUUGAAGUAAAGGCCUGAUUUAGGGCAAUUCCUGAGAAAUGUGAGCUUGCCACUUCCAUAUAGAGGCUUCCCCAAGGCAAAGAAAUAGCGGGUCUCUGGGAUGGACUCACUUGUCUCUGAAGGCGCACAGAUACCUGUUCGAUCCGUCCCUGGACCCCCACCCUCACCCUCGAGAAGGAGCCCAGACAGAUGGGGAGACAGUCCAGAAAUGGGGACACAGAAUCUGAUGUGACCUGAACAGUGAUCUGAGACCUCGGCACUAGUAGAGGAUGGGCUGUGCUGUACUGGGAAAGGCUCCGACCAGCUGGGGGUGCACCAAGCAGGGCUACAGAGGGAACCUUCCAUUGAGGCCUCUGCCGUUUGGAACCCCAUAAAGGCUGUAUUUGAGGGUAGGCAGACACAGGCUAGUCUCGGGCUUAGCACAGGAUUCCCCAGGCCUCGGCCAGAACGGUCUCUGGUUCCCAAAAUGGGCCUGAGGUCGGGGAAGAGAGAGGGGCUGGACUGGCCCUCCUGAGGCCCAGGGUCCAGGCGAUGGGGGGUAGAUUCCCCAAGGGCCAGCUCCACAUGGUGGUAUUUGGAUUGUUUCUGGACCCACCUGGAGGGGAGGACCACCAUUGGCUUCGUUCACCUGUUAAAAGAAUAGCGUUUAUGGUGUAAUUUGUCUUAAAGGACCAGCUGAGACUGCAGUCCAGCUCCCUACGCCCCCCAGGCAACGUCACGAAUCGGGUAAGACCUCCUAGACCACCUAGUCUGAGCUGCCCCCCAACAUUGUCCUCGCUGACCCCCGUGUGCUUUGGGAGAGGGCUAAUUGCUAGCAAGUGCGUCCUUGCUGCCAGUGGAAGCACCUCUUUCCAAUUUCCACAGUCCCUGGGUUCAAAACAAAUGGUGUUCCUCAUGCGUAGGAUCCUAGGCUUGAAAGCUAGGAGGAUCCAGGAAGGCCUAGGCUGGCCAAGGACUCCUCUGCCACGUUGAGGCCCUCCCUUCUUUCCAGGCUUCUUAGCCGAGGCGCUCGGGGCACCUUCCGAUGGUUCUGUGCCCCUCCAGGUCCUUCCCAAGCUGCUCCGUGGUCUCGCCCCCAGAGCAUUACCUCUGCUAGUAGAGCUAAACUCCAUCGCUUAUUAGACCACAAAUCCAAACGCCAGUUUUAAUCUGUUAAACGUUUCCCGUUACAUUUUUUUAAACCACAUUGAUACGAAGUGUGAAUUCCCGAAGCAAUAGGGGUCAGGUGAUUUACCCAGGGUCACACAGCUAGAAAGUGUCCAAGGCCAGAUUUGAACCCAGGAUCAUUCAUCUCCGGGACCGACUGUCCAUUGAGGCACCCAGCUGCCCCAACCCCCAUUGCUUUUUCUUUUAAACUCAUACUUUCCGUCUUAGAAUCAGUACUAAGUAUUGUUUCCAAGGCAGAAGAGCAUGGAUGGCUAGGCAAUCGGGGUGAAGUGACUUCUCCAAGGUCCCGUAGCUAGGAAACGUCCGAGACCAGAUUUGGACACAGGACCUGUGUGUGGUCUCCAGGCCUGGCUCUACUCACUGAGCCAUCUAGCUGCCUCCAUCCCAUUUUCAAUUUGAUUUAGUGGCUGGCAGGUCCCUACGAUUCAGAGGUCCUUUUCACACACAGGGUUUUCUAGUCAUUUCUCUUCCCCCAUCUUGUUCUUGUGCAUGAAUUUUGACUUCUGAUUUUUACCUUUUGCCAACAGUUUCUGUUUUUACAUCACCUUUGCAUUUCUGAAUGCAGACUGUCCCAAAGGUCUUAGUGCAGUUUUAAGCAUGAAGCAUCCUCUCAUCUUCCGCUCAGUUCUCUUUUUAAUCCAAGUGUAGGUUUCUUAACAUUUAGCCCCAAAACCCGGUCUGCAGGGAUCUCCUGUGGGAGACGGGGGAGAAGAGCUGCUCACCCCCCAGGAGGGUUCUCUUCCAAAGGACUGUUCUGCGUUCUCAGAAGAAAAGAAAAUGAUUGCUUUCUUUGGGUCCUUAAAGGGCUGCCAUACCAAAGGAGGACUUGGCUUGACUGGCUGAGAACAAAAGCUGGAGCGUGGCAGAUGUCCGCUAGGCGGGCCCCACGGCUUUUUGUGACAAUUCCCAAGUCAAGAUUUGCCUCAGUUACUCCCCAUGACGAAAGGCCUGCCAGGCUCCUGGAGGCUGGAGGACCAUUUUUCUAGGGUCUCGCCACACUCUUCCAACACGAUUGGCUCCAAAGUCAGGUGGUCUAAGACGCCUCCUGUCUCUGAACCCCAGGAACCACUGGGGUGGAAGAGGAAAGGUGGCUAAUGGCAUGAUGGGGGAAAUGGUGCUUUUUCUCCAAAAAGGGGAUCACAGAACCUUUGGGGGAGGGUGUUGUGGCAGAUUCCAUAGUAUGGGGGAGUCAGCCGAGCAUCUCCCGUGUUCCAAACAGGCGUCCAAGUUGUGUGUGCAGCCUGAACCAGACGAAAAUGUAAAUGAGAAACUUAAUAAAAUUAAUUUUAAAAACAGCA